GUAUUGAGAAGGAAAUUUCUGCUUUGCAAUCAGAGGAAAAGAAACUUGUUGCUGAGAUAAAAAAGACUGCUAAAACUGGAAAUGAGACAGCAACAAAGGUAUUAGCACGUCAGCUAGUCAGACUUAGACAGCAAAUAGCCAACUUGCAAGGUAGUCGGGCUCAAAUGAGAGGUAUAGCGACUCACACUCAGGCAAUAUCUGCCCAAUCUUCGGUUGCUGCAGGCAUGAAAGGAGCAACUAAGGCGAUGACUGCUAUGAAUAAGGUUCGAUGGGACGAUCGCGCGUCAUCUAAUUAUAAGUUUUCUGUUUGGUUGCAUGAAAGAAUGAAAUAUAAAUGGGACUUUUCCAUUUUUGCCUGGUGGCCCAAAAUAACUACAGUCUGUAGCCCAAAUAUUUGCAUGCUAUUUUAUUUAUAGUUUUUAUGUUUCUACUUUUAGGUUUUUAUGUUUAGAUAAUUAUUUACGCUAUUUAUGUUGAAGUUACUAAUGCUCUUUUGUUGUUUUGUUUUGUUGUUCCUUUCCUUCACUGAGCCGAGGGUCGAUUGGAGACAGCCUCUCUGCCCUUUCGGGUAGGGGUAAGGCCCGUCUACAUAUUACCCUCCCCAGACCCCACUUUGUGG